AUACCGGCAGUGAACGUCGGAACGUAGCCCGCACCGGGAAUGCAACUUCAGACCUCAGUUAUCGUGCGCGAAUCAAGGUGUUCUCUUCACACGGGCCGUGCGUAGCAAAAUGGCCGUUCGACUCAAGUGAGUGUGACGUUUCUUGACGAGUGGUGUUCGUGUCCGACGACGAGCCGCGUACAGUUUUCCAUGAAUUUUCGCAUGUGCGACGCGGUGCGUGUCUCGCGUCCGUCCGCCCCUACGCGGAAGCUAGCUGUUCACGCGGUUAGAGGUGAGUGCGUGCACGCUUCCGUACGUCCGUAUCUCGCGGCGAACUUUGGGCAGUCUUAGAAUCCUGUUUAUCUUUCGAUAGUUCGGCGUUACGAACCACGUCCUGAUAGAUAUCACGAGUAUCUGGUCUGAUAAACACUGUAAAUUUCACGCAUGACAAAUACUGUAAACAUCUAAAUCGUAAGAGAGCGCGCGAGUUUGGUUAUAUUCCAAUUGGGCUGACGUUUUUUCUGUUUUUACAUCGCCUUCGGUGGACAGUGUUUAAAUGACGAGGGCCAAUAUUUCCAGAAGAUGGAUACUCGAUGCAAAGCAUAGGUUGAUAGAGCCUACUGUGGCAGCUGCCAUGCCAACGUACCACAAUGCGGGUGGUGGAUACCCGAACGUGUCAGCGCCAGCGCGGCAAGCAAAGCUCGACGGCAAUCAAAAUCACCAUACUAUCCCUUCAAACGUAACGUCCCAUCCCCUCAUACAAAACAGCACUCAGCAGCACAGCGUACCUUCCAACCUGACUGCAGGUAACAUUCCGUCCCACCCAGUAUCGCCAACAAUGACCACGCAUUCGAGUGUCACCGCCCCGAAUAUCACGACGCACAUGAACGCCGCUUCUACACCGGUGAUCCUUACCUCAAAUGCCAUUAAUCCGGGCAACACCACCGCUUUGCCGGUCAAUCCGAGACACGAGGUGAAGCUGAAUGCGAUGCCAUGGUUUCAUGGAAAGAUAUCAAGGGAAACGGCGGAGAGAUUGCUGCGGCCGCGAGAAGACGGCCUAUUUCUAGUUCGAGAAUCGACCAACUUCCCCGGAGAUUACACGCUGUGCGUCUGCUACCAAGGUCGCGUGCAGCAUUACAGGGUGAAGUACAAGAACAACCAAUUGACGAUUGACGACGAGGAGUUCUUCGAGAAUCUGGCGCUUCUGGUAGAACACUACGAGCAGGACGCGGACGGCCUGUGCACACAACUGACCAAGUCACUGCCGAAGCAGGGCAAGCAGGAUUUCUGCGUGGAUCCGAAAGCGUUCGUAGAGGCCGGUUGGGUGAUCCAGACUCACGACUUAGAAUUAAGAGAGUGCAUAGGGAAAGGGGAGUUCGGGGACGUGUUGUUAGGCGUCUACCGAGGGGAGAAAGUUGCGGUGAAGAUGCUAAAGGAUAACAGCGAGGCGGCGCAAAGGUUCCUGGCCGAGGCGAGCUUAAUGACCUCGUUGAUUCAUGACAAUCUGGUUAAAUUACUUGGUCUCGUUUUUAAUAAUCAACACAUGUACCUGGUUACGGAGUAUAUGAGUAAGGGAUCCUUGGUGGAUUAUUUACGAUCGAGGGGCCGACUGCACGUUUCGAAGAAGGAUCAGAUUAAUUUCGCAUACGAUACAUGUGCCGGUAUGGCGUAUCUGGAAUCCAGACACGUCGUGCAUCGAGACUUAGCAGCGAGGAACGUUCUGGUGGCGGAGGACAACUCCGCUAAAGUAUCCGACUUCGGUUUGGCGCGGGACGAGAACUUUUCUCUUGACGGCGGAAAGCUGCCGAUCAAGUGGACUGCACCAGAAGCUUUAAAACAGAGCAAGUUUUCAAACAAGUCUGACAUGUGGAGUUUCGGAAUUCUUCUUUGGGAGAUCUAUUCCUUUGGCCGCGUACCGUACCCGCGAAUUCCUUUAGCCGACGUUGUAAAGUGUGUGGAAAAAGGAUACAAGAUGGAGCCGCCAGACGGAUGUCCUCCAGAGGUUUACGAUAUCAUGAGACAGGCAUGGGAUUUGCAGCCGGAAAAGAGACCGAGUUUCCACGAUAUAAAAGUGACACUCGGCCAAUUGAGAGCUGAGUACACCAAAGGCGUGAAUUAAAAAAAGAACUUAAUAAACAGUUAUAAACGAACUUCGCGAAUCGAAGCGGGACUGAAUGAUGUGUCUGAAUGAUUUCUUAAUUUUUGAAAUAAAGGUAGUGAUUCUGAAUAUUUUUAUUAGAAAGAACGAAAUGAGAUAAACAGAAGAAAAGAGAGACAGGACUUCUAUUGUACAUUGUAUACAAACAUAGUAUUCGCUUUGCUUAUAUUUAUUGUUAUUUUAGUUUUUGAAACGGGAAGAGUUUUAAUUUUUAUAUAGCAAUAUUUUGCACAAGCAUUACCUACGUCAAUCGUGCCUUUGUCCAAGUUGACGUUCUCGACUAGGAAAUUCAACUUGCACGCGUAUAAAAUCCGGAUAUAUUCGGAAUAAAAUCAACAAAAGAUGCAUAGUAUCUGACAUAAUCGCCUACUAAUUGUAAUAGCCAUGUUUCUUCAAGAUCUAUUAUGGCGAUGGUAAAAUUAGCUUUGCAACAAUUUUUUUCUAGCUGAUCAAAGUCUUUUUACAUUACAGCACAAAUAUAACUUACACUAAAUUAAAUUUGAAUUAACUGUUGUGUGCAUAACGUUACAUUAUAUGCUAUGUAACCCUGUCCAUUUUACCUUGUAUAAUGAAUUAUUAUUCCGUUAUUUGUUGAAAACCUGCAAGAAAUUUUUAUGUGAAAAAUUUAUAUUAUUAUAAAUGUAUAAGAUUUGUACUAACACGUUUGCUACCAUAGUUUGUUACAGAACUUCCUCCCUACACAAUCUUAUCUUUUCUUAAUUAACGUAAUUGUGUAAAACAGAUUUAAUUUGAUGAUGUGGACAUAAAAAAAUUUUUUUGUUGUCACACAUAUGUGAUGUUGGUCUCUAGUAACGCUGUCAGUAUAACCCAAGUAUUUCCAUGCUCAAAUAUUUGAGUAAUAUCCAUAUUUGUAGAUAUUAUCCGGGUAUACGAGUACUCACGCUCGCAGGUAUUACGCGGGUAACCAAACAAUAAAUAGUUACAGGGAAGUGUUAAAUUAUUUCGUUCAUUAAAUUAACUUUAGCCGCGAUUUACUCAAAAGGCACAUAAAUAAAAUAUGGACAUAAAAUAAAAUUGCCUUCUCUUAGUUCGAGUAGGCGUGAAACCCUUAAGUCAAUAUAUUGAUAUAAUAUAGAGCAAUUUAUAUUUUAUGAUGUCAUUUAUAUUUAAAAAAAUGUGGAGAGUAAUUAAUUAAUUUUGUGAGCAACUACGAGACAAUAAUGUAUUUAUUGGUUCCUUGUUAUCAUGAAAAAAAUUAAUAUUCAGAUAAUAUGUGAAAUUAAUCACAUGGUCGAGUAUCCAGGUAAUACCCGAAAGACCCGGAUACCCGAGUAUUUACCUGCUAAUUCGGGUAAUCGAAAUUGACAGCAUGAGUCUCUAGUGAGAGAUUGUUGCGUCACACAUACAUGACAUUGGUAGCGAACAUGUUAAUUCGUAAAAAUUUCUAUUAUUACAAAUGUAUAAGAUUUGCUUCAACAGUUAUAUAGGUUUCAAGUACUUGUUUAGUUAUUUAAGUUCUUUGAUCAAAGAUUUGUCGUAGGAAGUAUUAAUUUUUAACUAAAUUAUUGCAACUACAACACACCAUUAUUUAAGUUGUCCCAAUAUAUUCGACUGCAUUAAUGGUGUAAAUGUAUCUGUAAAUAUUUUUGUAUAUAUUUAUCCAUCAAAAAAAUAUUUCGAGAACAGAUGAUAUUGGUUGAGAUUUAACGAGAACUGUCCAUAUCUUUCUUUUAGAUUUAAGAAUAAUUUGUACUACGAACGAAUGUCUAUACACACAAUCGCACCACGCCAAAAAAUGAUUAUCACUCGCCGUUCGUUAUCUAUAUUAGUGACGAUUUUGUAGAUCGAUUUGUAUAUUACUCGCAACAUCAUUUGUAACCUAUCGUUCAUUUUCAUGAAAGAUUCUGCCAACAAAAUAACACAGCGGACUAAUUGUGACUGUUUGACGGCCGUAUUUCUCUAAACGCUAGCUACAAGCUGCGCGGAGAAAAUCAAAUAUUAUUUAUUCUUUAAGGCACAGCGAGCAACAUAUGGUCUGUAAAACUGUAGAUAUUCAAUUCUCGUAUGUCAUACAAUUAAAAAAAAAAAACAAAAAAACAAAAUGAAUUUUUCCUAAAUUAAAUAUCGAGAUAUCCAAUAUAUAUCUAUGUAGCAGUUGGCGUAAAGUAUACUGCGAAUAAAAAAAAUUUAUUAUCUGACGAUUUGGGUACGCUCUUUUGGAGAUGUGUAUUCAAAAUUAAACGAAAUCUUUUAUAAUAGGAACAGAGACUGUUGCGACUGAUUGAAUACUUCACAAUAAUAGGUUCGAUCUUUCUUCUACGAGUAUCUCCUCGGUCUGCAAUUAGACGUAGUUCUGUAAGAAAUGUAGUAUAUUUAACUUAAGCACACGGUCCGUUUGUAACUUUGAUACGAUAUGUAAUGUUAUUAGUACACAGUGCUAAUAACGCGUAUCAAUAUGGCUCUAAUUGAUACUUUGGAUUGCUUUUUCAUUGCGGAGUUCAAUAUUUUGCAUGUAUCUGCAAUUAUCGAACACGAAUUCUUCCAGACAUGAUGAUUUCAUGUUUACUCUCAUGCCAACUUUAUCUCCAUUUUAUAUACGCGACAUUUCUAACCCAAUAUAAAGAAUCUUGUUGUUUAUCGAGAAACAUUAUAGAACAGUUUGUGUGGUGUGACAUUGUUACUUAUAUCGAUGAUAUAUGUACACGAGAUUUCCGUUGUUGCGAUAUUAGUUUUCUUACAACAAUAUGUUAAAUCCGUUUAUCUUUUACCGAUAAUCGCGCUCGAUUAUAUAUAGGAUGUAAGAAAUCUAAUAUAUAAAUAUAUGCUAAAUGAUAGAUCGCAAAAAAAUCAUGCGAAAGGAAUUAAACUGAUACUUUAUAUGCAUGUGUUCACGUCGUAACGGAAUGGACUAUUGCGCGUUGACUUUGAUUGCGAGUAUAUGCGGAACAUGUGACAAAUAUCUUUCCCCAUUCUCGCUCGUUUACGGAGCCUGCAAUGAAUGAACUCGAGACGCUAAAA